AUGACUUUUCUACUUAUUACGAAACCGGAGGUCCGGUCGGUCAAGCUGCUCGGAUCUUGGGAUAACUUCUCUAAGCAAUAUGUCAUGGAAAGAGACACGCGAGCCGGUCCCGGACACUGGAAAGGAUGCCACACUUUUACGGAUAUGAUAGGCGAUGGACCAGACAAGACUCAAUGGCGAACAGGGGGUCUGAAGAUGGGUGGUACUUACUGGUAUUAUUAUUUGCUCGAUGAUGAUAUAGAGUAUUACAACGAGGCAGAGCCAACGACGACAGUGUGCCCUCUUCUUCCCGGGCAGCCCAUGAAUGUGUUAAAUGUCCCUAUCAUUUUACCCGACAGCCGCGCACAUGGACGUUCGGCCAGUGGCAGCUCUCAGAAAUCCGACAAUCUUCGGACCAUGAACCCCGAGGACAAGUUUAUGAACCCACGGAAGCCGCCACCCCAGCCCCAGCCUUCCGCCGCGAAGCGAGUCCCGCACACUCUGAGAGUAGAUCUCCGAUGGCCGGAAUACACCGAAGUGUAUCUCAGCCGCACAGUGCCGCUCGCAAGGGCCACAAGAAAGAUUCACGUUCUAUGUCUCCCCCCACGAGCCCGAGCCCUUCUGGCUGCUUUCAGGCAACCCGCCGAGGCGGAUAGGAAAUUCGAGCCAGUGCAACCAGUGAAUACUUCUAAGAUAGUACCGCAGCAGAAUGAUGUUGUUGAGCAUCGCCGCAAUAUCCCUGGAAUCAAGGUCAACGCCGGAAUUGCGAUCCCAUCCUCGAGCUCUGCCGACAGACCCGGCCCGUCCACCAUUCAAAGUCGCCGCGCGAUGAAAGCAACUCCUGGAGAAUCAACACCGGGUCGUCUUCUUACAGUGCAGACGCGUCCGGAGCCACGCAAACUCAGUCCUUCUCGAAGCGCAAACGGAAACACUGCGGAAUUUGACGAAAAUCGUGCGAUCAGGGAAGCGCUGAAAGAUAUCGCCAGCUCCAGUGAAUUGCCCACUCCAACUGCCGGGUUUACCAAAGAAAAGAGGCUCCCUACACUCCCAAACACGCCAUCUUCAGUCAUGGAUGAAGCAGUUCGCGCCAUCGAUGAGAGAGACAAGGCGAUGGAUGGCGAGAUCCCGCGCAGUUAUUUCUCCAGCAUGACAGCAACGACAAUCGACACUACCCACUCCCGCUUCGUGCCUGAAUACAGUCGGUUCUCGGAAUGGAGUACUGACACUGAAACCGACUACAACCCGCACGAAUCGAUGACAUCGGCCUCCGCAUCCGACCAACACCAGGACGAGUCUUCGGCCGAAAGAUGGAGAACACCAGACCUCUCCCAGUCUGGCGAUGCAUCCGGAGAGCUCCCUCCCUGGAGCGUCAAUCUUCCCGAACUCACCGUCUCUCUGUCCACACCUGACAUCGACUGUUCCGGCCUGGGCAUCGACAACGUGGAUGAGGUGGAAAGCAAUCCCAAGCGACACGCUGCCCUGUUUAGCGCCCUUGAAUCUAUGGAAGCCCUCGCGAUGUCGCGUAGCCCCAUUGGCUCCCCGAUCCUGCUCCCCCCAAGUCCCUAG